AUGCAGGUCAUUCUAUGCCACUGCCACAACUGCAAACGCAACACUGGCUCAGGUUUCUCCGCCAACAUCGUCGUGCCGCAUUCCAAGUUUGAAUACACCCAAGGUACACCGAAAGUGUAUUCUGACCGCAGCGACAAGGGCCCUGCUGUUCUUCGGGAGUUUUGCCCCGCGUGCGGUACCCCGUUCUCUUCGCGGACGGACGACGGUAGCGACGAGGUCGCUGUGAAGUCGGGAACGCUGGAUGAGGAGGAUCGUGUGCGGUGCUCGAAAUUGGGCAUGGAGAUCUUUUAUCAUCGGAAGGAUGAAUGGGUGGAUGGAGAAGACGCCAUUGAUGAGCACGAUACGCGCCUGCGCGAAGUCUCGUCACAGGAAGUAUGCUGGAAACGUGUGACGGAUUCUCUCAGGCACGGUAGAUAUGAUUCCGUUGCCCUCUCCAACGUGGUCAACUGGUCUCAUUAUGAUCCUUAUCCUGGGAAAAGAUGCAAGCUUCCUGGCUAA